GCGCUUAUCGGUAAUUAGUACUAACAAUUGAUUUUUCAUUUCUUACUUAUAAAGUUUGUAAUUAGGAAAAGGUGCAACAAAAAGCAAAAAUGUUUCCGAAUGUGCUACUUGCAAUAACCACUGCGGUCGCAAGUGCCGGUGCGGCCCCCCUACAACAGGACAUAAAAAACGACCCUCUAGUGUUCAUCUCGAACCCUAUAGAAUCCGAGUUUCCUGGACACUGGAUCCCCGAGAGUAUCCUCAAAAGAAUUUUAAAUAGACCAAAUAACCCAUCUACAAAAGAACCGUUGAAAGCUACAAAACAACGAUUGAGAGCAACAAAAUCUAUUAUCUCACCCAAAACUAUUAAGCGUACGACUCCAACAACUGAAAAACCAACAACUAAGGAACCUACAACUGAAGUACAAACAACAACUCCCGAAACUCCCGAAACAACGCCAACACCGACUCCAACAACACCCGCCACAACUCCAACAACACCCGCCACAACUCCAACAACAGAACCAAUGACAACAACAGAACCAACCACAACAACAGAACCAACAACAACGACAGAACCAACAACAACGACAGAACCAACAACAACGACAGAACCAACAACAACGACAGAACCAACCACAACCACAACAACAACAGAACCAACAAAAUCUAGAAGAUCAACAACCACAACGACCCCCGUGGACGGUAAUACUGCUGGAUAUCAAGAGGUGUGCGCCGCUUUCUACCCAGUGGCUGUUAACAGCGCCAACCCUCGUCUUAUGCAUCUUUCACUUCAACCCCUGGAGCAUACAGCUCUUACGACUCCCCUCUGUCCAGAGCCGGCCAUCCGGCCAAUGAAGGCAAGCCAGAGCUGA